GAUAAACACGUCGAUUAAGCAAUGGCUUCCUCCUACUCCCUCCUCGCUGCCGUCCUCUUCCUCCUCGCCGCCGCCUUCUCCUGCCAUUGCAACGUUGCGGCGGCGAAGAAGGGACACGGGCAGAAGGGGCACGGGAAGCGGGCGCACGGGCUGGGCGUGAACUACGGCACCCUCGGCGACAACCUCCCGACGCCGACGCGCUCCGUGCGCCUCCUCCGGGACGCGGGCGCGGGCGCCGUGAAGAUCUACGACGCGAACCCGGAGAUCCUCUCGGCCUUUGCCGGGACGGGGAUCCCGGUCUCCGCCAUGGUGCCCAACGAGAUCAUCCCAUCCAUCGCCGCCUCCCGCGCCGCCGCGCACAAGUGGGUCGUCAACAACCUUCCGAAGCCGAGCAGCCAUGGCCCCAAGAUCGUCUACCUCCUCGUCGGCAACGAGCUGCUCUCCAACCAGGCCAUCAAGGACUCCACCUGGGGCGCCAUCGUCCCCGCCAUGCGCAACCUCCGCCACGCGCUCCGCAAGCACGGCAUGGGCCGGGUCAAGCUCGGCACCCCCCUCGCCAUGGACGCGCUCUCCGCCUCCUACCCGCCUUCCUCCAGCCUCUUCCGCGACGACAUCGAGCUCAAGGUCAUGCGGCCGCUGCUACGGUUCCUCAACCUCACGAAAUCCUACUACUUCGUCGACGCCUACCCUUACUUCGCGUGGGCGGGGAACCAGGACACGAUUUCGCUGGAUUACGCGCUGUUCCAGGGGAAAUCGGGCGCGUUCCAUGUGGAUCCCCAGACGGGGCUCAAGUACACCAACCUGCUCGACCAAAUGCUCGACGCCUGCGUCGCCGCCAUGGCCAAGCUCGGGUUCGGGAAGAUCAAGAUGGCCAUCGCCGAGACCGGCUGGCCCAACGGCGGCGGGCCGGGAGCCUCCGUGGGGAACGCGGCCAUCUACAACCGUAACCUGGCGGCGCGCAUGGCCACGAGCCCGGGCACGCCGCUGCGGCCCGGGGAGAAGAUGCCGGUGUUCGUCUUCUCGCUGUACAACGAGGACAAGAAGCCCGGGGCCGGCACGGAGCGGCAUUGGGGCCUGUUCUACCCCAAUGGGACGGCCGUGUACCAGGUCGACCUCGGCGGCCGGCGCCGCUCGUACCCUCCGCUGCCGUCGCCGCCGCCUUCGCCGUCUCCGUCGACACCGCCGUCGCCUCCGGCGGAGCAGGGCCUGUGGUGCGUGCUGUUGCCAGGGAAGGACGAGAAGGCGGUGGCGGCGGCGCUAAACUACGCGUGCGGGCAGGGCAGUGGGACGUGCGCCGCCAUCCAGCCCGGCGCCGUGUGCUUCGAGCCAAACACCCUCGACGCGCACGCCAGCUACGCGUUCAACUCCUACUGGCAGCAGUUCAGGAAAUCCGGAGCCAGCUGCUCCUUCAAUGGACUCGCCACCACCACGACCACUGAUCCAAGCCAUGGAUCAUGCAAGUUUCCCAGCUCUCCGGCGACGCCGCCUCCGCCACCGCCACCGCCGGUGGAGCUGGGCGUGUGGUGCGUGCUAGCACCGGGGAAAGACGAGAAGGCGGUGGAGGCGGCGCUGAACUACGCGUGCGGGCAGGGGCAAGGGACGUGCGCCGCCAUCCAGCCCGGCGGCGCGUGCUUCGAGCCCAACACCCUCGACGCGCACGCCAGCUACGCCUUCAACUCCUACUGGCAGCAGUUCAGGAAGACCGGAGGCAGCUGCUCCUUCAAUGGACUCGCUGUCACCACUACCGCUGAUCCAAGCCAUGGAUCAUGCAAGUUUCCCAGCUCUUCGAACUAGCUUCGAGUCUCAGAAGCAAAGCAAUUGGACUUGCUCGAGAGGAUCAGAAGAUCGAUCACUAGGAACUAGGAAGGCCGUUGGCCCAGAGCCAUUCUUUAUUCUUUUUCCUUUUACGAAACUGCCAAGGCCAUUGACGUAAUGCCCUUAUGAUUUAUGAACGAGAGACUGUUUAUCCACGCCUAUUUACCAUUUAAUCCCGCUCUCGAAUAGUAUCAUGCGAAGCAAAGCAGAAUCCUGUUUGAUUGACCUGCUUACUCGAAAUUUGAUAUGAGGCUUUAAAUGUUGGCCUAAAAUAGAAUGUAUGCGGGAUCUUUUUGCA